AAACAAAGCAGUGGUCUUGGCGCGUUCAGCGGUCGCUUUGGACAGCCUGAUUCAACGUGGUCCUUCUUGAAUUUGGGAUGUCGGGGAGGAAGUUGCUGACGUCCGAAGAGGCGGUAGAACUCUUCUUCAGUCUCCCAGACGAUCCGACCCAAAGCGAUGCGGAUGGCGAUUCAUCCAGCGACGAAGACGUCAUUCCUGAGCUAGCUCCUGUCGAAAACACCGUAGCGGAAGGGGACGAAGAUGCAGCAGGGCCGUCUACAGGUGCUACAUCGAAGAAAAGAAAAACCUAUGAAAGGAAGAAGCCCAAAAAACGGCGACGACGCACAUUGGAGGUCGACAGCUUUGCCGAGGCACAACACGAGGAAGAUGAAGUGGAUGCAACCGGCUCUUCUUGGUGUACAGACUUACCUAGCGAGAUUGUGAAGGACCCACCAGAUCGAGAUCCUCGGUACUCCGAAAAGCUUACCGAGGCAUCAGGUGUCGCUGACGUAUUUGGAUUGUAUUUUGAUGAAAAAGUUCUUGACACAAUCGUGCUAGAGACGAAUCGUUAUGCGCAUCAGAAACGCCGAGCGGGGUGGAAAAACCUCACUACAGAUGAGCUCAAAGCGUAUUUGGGCAUGCUUUUUCUGAUGAGUGUGCACCCAGUGCAUCACGUGUACUUGUACUGGAGCACAGACAAGUUCUUCAACGUUUCCGAGAUCUCAAACGUCAUGACUUUCAAACGAUUUCAGGCGAUUAUGAACAGCCUUCAUCUCAAUAACAACGAACUUGAGAAGAAGCGCGGAGAAGACGGCUUUGAUAAGCUCUCAAAAGUGAGGCCCCUCGUCACUGCCUUGAGCGAAAGGUUCCUGAGAGAAUAUGCGCCGUCAACGCAUCAGUCCAUCGACGAGAGUAUGAUACCGUUCAAAGGACGGUCUUCUCUAAAACAGUACAUGCCAAUGAAACCGAUCAAACGAGGCUAUAAAGUUUGGUGUAGGGCUGACUCCGAGACUGGCUACCUCCUAGAGUUCCAGAUAUACGAGGGAAAGGAUGCCAAGCGACCCCCCGAUCUCUCCUUGGGCGAACACGUCGUUUUAUCCCUUUCACAUGGCAUAGAAGAGAACAGUCAGUUGUUUUUUGACAACUACUUUACAUCUACAAAGCUGAUGGAGAAGCUCAGGGAGCAGAGAGUGCUAGCUGCAGGCACAUUCAGACCGACACGCAAGGACCUACCAAUCGAGCUAAACAAGGAGUGCAAGCUUCAGAAAGGCCAGCACCUGUGGUGGUCCAAAGGAUGUGUCACGGCCACACAGUGGCGCGACAACAAGAAUGUACACGCGAUGUCCAACUACCAUGACCCACAAGAAAUCGUAGAAGUCACGCGGAAGCUUGCCAGUGGUGCCAAAGUUGGUGUGUCCUGUCCGAAAGUGCUUUCAGACUAUAACAAGUGGAUGGGGGGUGUUGACCGCUUUGAUCAGAAGAGGAACACUCACCCAGCAGACCGCAAGUCAAAAAAGUGGUGGUGUCGAAUUUUUUACUACCUGCUUGACGCUGCUGCUGUUAACGCCUUUAUUCAGUACAAGUCACUGAAGGAAGUCGACUACAUGCAGUUUCGACUAAUGUUGGGACGCCAGCUCAUCUCCCGUCAAACAUUCAGGGAGAAACGCACAGUAGCGGCUUUCAUGCACAAGAAAAGAGGCAAGCGAAGUGGACAAGCAAUGGUUGGAGUGCCCAGUGAGCUUCGCUUUCAAGGGAGUGGUCAUCAUGCACAAAAAAUUAGCAAAAGGCGAAGGUGUAGAUGGUGCUCCACCAGGACCAAAGAAUCCAGGACCCAGUACAUCUGCAAAUCAUGCGCUGUACCACUCUGCGUCGAGUGCUUCGCACCUUUUCACUCCGAACAGUGAACGCCGCAAAGGCAUUUACAUAGGAAAGCGCGGAAGGGGCUCCCUCAAGACUAGGCGGUGUUUGCCAUGCAACAUUCCCAGAACAAUUAUAGCUGAACUGUUUGCCGAGUGUUUUUCACAAUUUAAAGGUGUUGAGUUAAUAAACAAAAAUAUUUUUUGUA